UGUAAUGGAAAAUAGGCCAGGAGUAUAUAGGAACUUAUCAAGUCAUUCUGCUAAGAAGGAAUUAGGAUCAGCACUACUUUCAGUUUGGGGAGAUUUAAAAGUUAAAUACAUGAAUUUGAAAGAAAAAAUCCACCAGGGCAUACAACUGGAAGAGCUGCCCCCACUGUCAGUAGAGUCGAAAUUGUUGUCUACCUUCUCUACUUUUGCUUACAGGCUAAUGAAAGAAGACUCACAUAACUUUUCAGGAGCGGAUUCUGAACUAGAUAACCAAAACCCACUUGACAGUGACAUGUUUCCAGGUCUAAAAAAGGCACACACAGAAAUGUCUUUAUUGCCUGAUAAUAGUCACCCUAAACAAGAUAUAUCACCUAAGAAAGAUAGUUUGGAGAAUGAUGGUAUAAAUGUAGACUUUAGUCAACUGAAACUUGAUGAUGAUAAAGAGUACAGAAAUUACCAUGAAAGAAGUGAAGACUGGUUUGAUGCUACAGAAAACCUAACAGGAGUAAACUUCUCGGGAAUACAAGAAAAUCAGAUCGAAAAUGACAAAGAGAAUCUGAAGUUUCCAUUAGAAAUGAAGAAUACUGAACUACUACAAAGAGAUAAAGGUUUUUUAAUCCAUGUUGGUGGUCUCUGCUCUUCGGUAUCUGAGGCUGAUUUAAGGUCUCAUUUCCAGAAAUACCAAGUUUCUGAAAUUUCAAUUUAUGAUUCUACAAAUUACAGAUAUGCAUCCCUUGCUUUCAAAAAACACACUGAUGCAAAGAUGGCUGUAAAAGAAAUGAAUGGGAUAGAAAUAAAUGGCAAAUCAGCAAAUGUGCGGCUUGUUAAAACUCCUGGGGAGUACAUGUCGCCACUAAUCCCCAAAAGUGGGAGUAGAGUUAGUUCCAACCAUGUGGAGAAAAACACCAGCAAAGAGGGUAUCAAGAAGAAUUGUAAACAGAUUGAGUCUGCUCACUUACUAUCUGAGACACCUGUUCAUUUCAUACCUCCAAAUACACUGAACCUUCGUAGCUUCACCAAGAUCAUGAAGAGACUGACUGAGCUGCAUCCAGAAGUCAGCAGAGACCAUAUUAUUGAUGCACUUCAGGAGGUGAGAAUGAAUCAUAAAGGUUUUCUCAAUGGCUUAUCUAUUAAUACUAUUGUGGAAAUGACAUCAUCGAUUCUGAAAAACUCUGCUUCUAGUUAGGAUAAGUGAAACAAUAAAGAGAACAUCCUUGGAAAGCCAUUGAGUGCUCUUCAGCAGAGAACAUUUUAGAGGAUGUGGGAACAAGCAAGAUUGAUAUGAUUAGAUAGCCUAGAUCUAACUGUUUAACGUGCUACUUUAUAGCCUCCCUUAAAAUGUAAAA